UCUCUCCCUCCCUUCCUCCAGCUUUCACUGUUCGCUGCACAGCAUCAUACGCCUUCCUUCCAGCUGAAUGCGGUUCACGCACGAGGAACUGCUGCAUGCUUUCGUUUCCUCUGCCAUUCUCGUUUCCUUCCCCUAAAUCCCAGCGCUGCUCUCGCAAGCUCGUUCUCUCGCCUACAGGGGUUUAAACUCGAGAAGGAGGAGCUGAAGACCGAUGGAGAACGAGUCUCUCUCUCCUCUGCCGACUCUCAGCCCGGCCGUGCCGCCGUUCGUGAUGCUGGGUUUGACAGUGGCGUACACAGUCUUCUACACACUGCUCUUUGCGUUCGUGUACGCGCAGCUGUGGCUGGUGCUGAGAUACAGACACAAACGCUUCAGCUACCAGACUGUGUUUCUGUUCUUGUGUCUGCUGUGGGCGGCUCUGCGUGCGCUUCUCUUCUCCUUUUAUUUCAGAAACUGUGUGACCGCAAACACACUCGGACCCUUCUCUUUCUGGCUGCUCUACUGUUUCCCCGUGUGCCUGCAGUUCUUCACGCUCAGCCUCAUGAAUCUGUACUUCGCACAGGUCAUUUUCAAGGCGAAGUCUAAAUAUUCACCAGAACUUCAGAAAUACAGGCUGCCGCUGUACCUGCUCUUCUUGUGCAUCAGCAUCAUCUUCUUGCUGGUGAACUUGACCUGCGCGCUGCUGGUGAAGAUGACAAAGACCGACACCGAGACUGUAGUGCUGGUGCGCGUGGCCAUCAAUGACACUCUGUUUGUCCUGUGUGCCGUCUCACUCUCUCUGUGUCUCUACAAGAUCGCCAAGAUGUCUUUGGCCAACAUCUACCUGGAGUCGAAGGGAUCAUCUGUGUGUCAGGUGACUGCAAUCGGAGUGACGGUGAUCCUGCUGUACUCGUCUCGCGCGUGCUACAACCUAGUGGUGCUGGCACUGACAAAAAUCAAGAGCAUCAACUCAUUCGACUACGACUGGUACAACGUAUCAGACCAAGCAGAUCUGAAGUCGACAUUGGGCGAUGCUGGUUACGUGGUUUUUGGGGUGAUCCUGUUUGUUUGGGAGCUGCUGCCCACAUCCCUGGUGGUCUACUUUUUCCGAGUCCGUAAGCCAACUCAGGAUCGGAGUGCAGCGGUGAUCCCUGGGCACAAGUUCUCAUCUAGAGCUUAUUUCUUUGACAACCCGCGCCGUUAUGACAGCGAUGAUGACCUCGCAUGGAGUAUCAUCCCACAAAACAUUCAAGCCAGUGUUACGCCGGACAGCUAUGAUUGGAGCUCCAGGAACAACAGUUUCACCGCAUUCGUCGAAGGCAAAGAGUCUCAUCUAGUACCAGAGGAGUAAAAUCCCUACUAGAACUUUCUCAAUGAGGAGUUUGAUUAUUUUGCACAUUCCCCAUCACUGUGGCAUCAGUCAUGGGUAAUAGUACAUACCACAGAUUCUUUUUUUUUUUUUUUACCUAUAUUUAUUAGGGUAUCUCAAUAUAAUACCACAGCUGGGAUCUGGAAGCAAAACUACCAAUCAUUUUCUCUAUAAAGAAUUAGAUUCUUAUCAAUAAUGUGCCGUUUUCAAGAGAGUCCUCGUC